UGCUGAUUUUCUGCAGCCCUGCUGGUAUCCAGGAUGGAAAGAGGAGAGACUGAGAUGCUGGGCAGUGAGGAGGAGCAGAGGGGUGGAAGAGCUGAGGUGAUCCUGGACCCAGACACGGCCAACCCCUUUCUGGUGCUGGCAGGGGAUGGGAGGGCCGUGGGGCGUGGUGCCAGCUGGUGCCAGCUGCCCGACUGCCCCCAGCGCUUCGACACGGAGCCCUGCGUGCUGGGCUGCUCAGCCUUCAGCACAGGCACUCACUGCUGGCAGGUGGAGGUGGCAGAGGCAGGUGAGUGGUGGGCUGUGGGAGUGGCCCAGGACUCCGUCAGGAGGAAAGGGGUCCUCAGGUUUGCCCCCCAGGAGGGCAUCUGGGCCGUGGGGCAGUGGUUUGGGCAGUACUUUGCUUUCACCGACCCUGACUGGACCCCCCUGAGCCUUGCCUGCCUCCCCAGGGCCAUCCAGGUCUGCCUGGACUUCACCACAGGGCAGGUGGUGUUUGCUGAUGCUGAGAACCAAGCCCAGAUCUUUGCUUUCUGCCUGGCCUCGUGUCCUGGAGCCAUUCUCCACCCCUGGCUCUGGGUGGGGAUGGACUCCUGGCUCAGGCUGUGUCCCUGAUGUCCAGGGAACAAGAGUGGUGUUGGAGACACUGGAAAGGUGAACAACAGCAGCUUGGGUCUUGGUGCUGGGAACUGGGAGUGUCUUGUGUCCUGCCAGCUUCCACGGGGUUCCUCUGGCCACCAAGUGGGAGAUGGACAGCACCAAAGAGCCUCCUCCAUGCCCUCUGCCCUGCAGCUGGGACUGCCUUGUGUCCUGCCAGCUUCCACGGGGUUCCUCUGGCCACCAAGUGAGAGAUGAACAGCACCAAAGACCUCCUCCAUGCCCUCUGCCCUGCAGUUGGGACUGCAGAGACAGCAGAGCACCAAGACUCAGCGCAUGGAGGAGCUUGGUGCCAGGUGGCCCAAGGGCAGAGAGGUGGCAUUGAGAGCUGGCACUGCAGAGCUGCCCUGCACAACGCCAUGGCUCCUCAGGAGUGCUGCAGUGGUGUCCAUGGCUCUUUGCAGCUGAGCUCAGUGAUGAAGAUAACCCCCAGAGAGCAGUGGUGCUGCAGCUCAUGAUAGCCUUUAUCUGCCCAGACAUCCCCAGCCCCUCUUGGCUCACUGACUGCACUCAGCACAUCACUGGGCAGGGCACCACAGGACAAGGCAAGGGAUGAGAGGUGUCUGAAGUCCAGAGGAGAGGCAAUUGCCACAGAUCUGUUCUCUGGUCUCCUCCUGACAGAACUGACUGGAGCAGGCCAGGAGGAGGGGGCCCAGAGCCACCACCUGGUCCAACUGUGUGACCAGUCCAGGGCUGACCAGGCUAAAGCUGUUACUAAGGGCAUGGUCCAAAUGCCUCUUAAGCCCUGCCAGGCCUGGGGCAUAGAUCACCUCUUGAUGAAGCCUGUCCCAGGGGCUGACCACCCUCUCAGUACAGGAAUUCCUCCUCAUGUUAUGUUUGGACCUCUCCUGGCUCAGCUUUGAACCAUUCCCAGGGGUUCUGUGCCUGGAUCCCAGGGAGAAGAGCUCAGCACCUCCCUCUCCACAGCCUCAGGAAGCUGCAGAGAGCAAUGAGGACACUCCUCAGCCUCCUUUUCUCCAAAUGAGACCAACCCAGAGUGCUUAGCUGCUGCUCAGAGUUCAUCUCCCAGAUGCAGAGCUGCUCCAGGGAGCAGGGACUGUGGGGAAAGGACAUUCCAAGGGCAGGCAGCAGUCCCACUCCUAGGGACCUGCUUUGUGCUCACCUGCCAGCUCCUGUUCCCAGGAGGACAGAGGUGAAUGUAGGUGAAGAGGAACUGCCUGGCUCCCACCAGGUGU